AUGAUUGAUCGACAUGUUCACCGUGUCUUACGAGCCUUGGUUCGACUCGGUCGUGAUCUCGUAGGGCCAGCAAACUUGGAUGGGACUCACCCGAGAAUUUUGAACAAUGCAUUGCUUAUGCCGUGGUUCCGGGAUUGUGUAGGAGCACUAGAUGGGACCCACGUCUCCGCUUGGUGCAGAGUAGAGAUAAGAGAGGGUUUAUGGCACCGUUUACAGCGCACGCAUCAUGAGCUGGCUGCUAAAGCGCUGUUUAACAGGCGACAUGCUUCGGUUAGAAAUAUUAUUGAGAGCACAUUUGGGGUUCUUAAGAAGCGUUUUCCAAUACUCAAGGGUCCAAUGCAGAACUACCUAAUUGCAACUCAAAAUAAUAUUGUACUUGCAUGUUGUACUUUGCACAAUUUUAUGCGCGCUUACUCCCCAGCGGAUGAGUACUUCAACGAAGAAGCUGUACUCGGAGCCCUUGCAGAUGCACAGAUAACAGGGGAUCAACAACAGUCGGGUCAACCCAUCGAUAUGUCGCAGCAGGGCAUAGAUAACUGGAACGAAGAUCGGCGGGCUAUGGCGGCGCACAUGUAUUGGAAUGCGCAUAACUAG